UCCUAUGUCAUAUGAUAAAGAAGUUGGUCUUCGUAUGAAUUGGCCUAUGAUAGUAUACAUAUCAUUGGUACAUAUAGUAGCUUGUUAUAGUAUAUAUAAUACCAUAACUAGACCACAUUAUAUGUUAACCUAUGUAUGGACUAUAAUAUUAUGGUUUAUAUCAGGAUUUGGUAUUACUGCUGGUGCUCAUAGAUUAUGGUCUCAUAGAUCAUAUAAGGCUAGAUAUCCAUUAAGAGUAUUAUUAAUGAUAUUUAAUAGUAUAGCUAAUCAAGGUAGUGUAAUACAUUGGGUAAGAGAUCAUAGAUUACAUCAUUUAUAUUCUGAUACUGAUAAAGAUCCACAUGAUUCACAAAGAGGUUUCUUUUAUUCUCAUGUUGGAUGGUUAUUAGUACGUAAACCCAAGAGAGUAUUGGAUGCUGGUAGGAAGAUAUCAUUAAAUGAUUUAUACAAGGAUAAUAUACUACUUAUACAACAUCGUCUAUGCCCAUGGUGGAAUAUGUUAUGGUGUUUCAUUUUUCCUGCUAUUGUUGGUUAUUAUUUAUGGGAUGAAUCAAUAUUAAAUGGUAUAUUAUUACCAGGUGUAUUCCGUUAUUGUUUCGUAUUACAUGCUACAUGGUGUGUUAAUUCUGUAGUACAUCAGUGGGGACCUAAACCAUAUGAUAAUAAGAGUCAUACUACUGAGAAUGGUAUAGUAGCAUUCAUUGCAUUGGGUGAAGGAUGGCAUAAUUAUCAUCAUACAUUUGAUUGGGAUUAUGUUACUGCUGAGAUGGGUGCUAUUAAACAAUAUAACCCUACUAAAGUAUUUAUUGAUAUCAUGUACUAUCUAGGAUUAGCAUACAACCUACGACGGGCAUACCCUAAGGGUUGGGAACAUCUCAAGUCGAGGAAUAUCCGUAAGCUAGGAGGAGAAUAUCACGUAGUAGAGGGAAUAUAUGGUAUACCGCCAUUUUGCCAUCGUACCGUUACCUAUGUACAAGGAGAAGGAGGAGGAGGAGGAAGACUAUUGUCAGAAACUCAAGUUGAUAAUAUGAGCACUACUGAUGAGGAAGGUUUAUAAUCACAACAACAUCAAAACAACAAUGACUACUAUUAUUAUGAUAAGCUACAUUUUGCCUGUACUACUACUAUCGUUAGACGUAGUACUACUAGUAGCAGUUAUCAUCAUACCCCAUAGAUUCAAUAUCGUCCUAUUUCUAAUAGACUUCCAG